UAAUGGAGUAGCCUGCUGAUGGAAGAUGCCAACUCAUUUUGUUGCUGGAUGUCAAGCGUGGAUAUAGUUCAUACAGCCAAGUAAUAAUAAAACACACACACGUGCGCCCACACGCACACUGUGUAACGAAGACACAGCGAGCCGAGGAGAGGCGCCACGCGCUCUGCGUGCGCUGAUGUGACGUCGACAGAGACGUCUCUGCCCAUGCUCACAAAGAUCCGCCAGACUACUGCAGCUGAUAGAUGUGUUGUAGUGAUGUAAUGCUGCCUGUUUGGUGACUACGAAUGGCGGUCUGUGCCAGGCUGUGCGGUGUGGGUCAGUCGCGGAGGUGCCGCAGGCGACAGCGGCACAACCAGCAGGAUCAGGGUAGCGAUUCCGACAUGGACGAGGAAGAAGAGGAGCAGAUCGUGGGUCAGAAGCGAGGCGACGUCGGCGGCGGAGGCCCGAAGAGCGGCGGCGGCGUCGGCAGCACUGCAGGGCCGAGUAUCGCGUGUGAAUAUGGCAGCUGUCAUGUCAACAGAGGAGGCUCUCUGGAUCGCGCGAGCACUGGACCUCCGCACCCGCAGUCGUUGGCGGAAUUACCGCCUGAGCUUUUAGUGGAAAUAUUCUCGUUGCUUCCCGGAACCGCGCUACCAAACGUUGCCCUCGUAGGCAAGAAAUUCAGACAAAUCCUCAACACCGAGACCAUCUGGAGAAGGCGGUGCACGGAAGAGUUUGGUAUGAAGGACGAUCUGAGGAAGAUGGAAGUUGGAGGAGUAUCUAGUCGGGACCUCUAUGUUAAACGUGAUGUCGACCCUCGGGAGAAGUCUGGGUUUAUGAAGCUCCUCCCGGACUACGAGCACAUAGACUAUAGAGACGUGUACACCCGCUUGCUUCACCCAUACAGACAUAUCUUGGGCUUAUGGCAGCCUGACAUAGGGCCUUAUGGGGGAUUGCUCAAUGUUGUGGUGGACGGGCUCUUCAUCAUCGGCUGGAUGUAUUUGCCGCCUCAUGACCCCCGUGUAGAGGAUCCCAUGAGAAGACGGCCGCUCUUCCGUAUCCACCUGUCUGAGAAUAAAAAGGCCGCUGUGGAGUGUAUGUACGGACACAAGGGUCCACACAAAGGUGACAUACAGACUGGGAAGAAGGAUGAAUUUUCAACAAAGUGUAACCAGACCGAUUACCACCGCAUGCCAGGGGGUAGACAGGAGGAGUUCAGGACGUGGUUGGAGGAAGAAUGGGGCCGGACGCUUGAAGAAAUAUUCCAUGAGCACAUGCAGGAGCUCAUCCUCAUGAAGUUCAUUUAUACUAGUCAAUAUGAUAACUGCUUGACAUACCGGAGGAUCUACCUGCCGCCUGUGAUGCCCUCUGACCUUCUGCACCCGGGCCUCUUCAAAGGCACCUACGGCAGUCACGGCUUGGAGAUCGUCAUGCUCAGUUUCCACGGGACCUCUGCGAGAGCCACCAAGCUCACUGGAGACCCCAAUGUUCCUGCAGGGCAACUCACUUUAGAUGUUGACCUGAGCCGACCUGUAGUCCUGCCAGACUUGGAGCACCAGCGCAGCAUAGAGGAGCUGUCCCGGCUGGUACUGGGGAUACAUGCGGAAGUCCAGAGAGAAGAACAGGCCAAGGACACUUCUGCCACAGCCAGAGGUGCAGCAGAGGGGGCCUGUGGUGAUGCCAGCGCCGCAGAGGGGGUGGAGGAGGACCGUGUUACCUGUUCAGACCGCUGCCAGCCUGGCCCCAGCAGCAGGACCAGUCCUCCUGAAGCCCAGCCCUUUGUCCUGCCCCUGGGAGUUAUGGCUCGCAAUGAGGUCUACCCUCGCACCUGUAGGAAAUGCUUCUACGGCACAGGCCUGAUUGCUGGGCACGGCUUCACAAGUCCAGAGCGCACCCCGGGCCUCUUUGUGCUUUUUGAUGAGGACCGCUUCGGCUUCAUCUGGCUGGAGUUGAAGUCUUUCAGUUUGUACAGUCGGCUGACGGACAACCUAGCUCACGCGUACGCCCCAGAUAUGGAGCGAUUUGAGGCCAUGCUGUGCAGCAUGCAGUCCUGGACAUCUUGAUGCACGACAUUUUAAGUGUCCCCCCCCCACAAUACAAUGCAUAAAAACCAACCAUUUUACGCAAAAAAAAACCACCUCCUGCUGUCCUUUGAGUCAUGAGCUAUGACAUACCAUGAGAGCUCAUGACCCUAAUUGUUCACGUUUUAUCGGUACGUUUCACAAUCAUUGGGUUUUACUGUCUAAUUAAAUGAGUUGUGUGGCCCUGAUCUAGUGCUCUUAUACUCCUGUUCCCAUGCAAGCACUUUAAAAGGCCCCCCCUAGUUACCGUUUAUCACCUCACCUCAGUAUGACCUUCAUCUUCUAGUGCACCAUAAAAACAGGGCACCGUAACCUAUUUUUAUUUAUUUAUUUAUUCCCUGCAGGAGAAAAGGAAUGAUAUUUCACACCGCUUAUAAUCAAACUACGUGCCUGAUUCUAAAAAAAUAUGUCUGUACUUGAUAGUGCUUAAAGAUGAUAACGUGUCCAAUGUAUUCUCCUAUAAAGCAUUAUUCUGAGUUCAGUGCAAAACAUAUUGAACUGCAUGCUGCAAUUUAUUUAGAUCUAAUCACAUCUUACUCAUAACCAUUAUCUGAACAGGAUGUUUUAUUCUCAUUAAACAGCAUGCCUUGCUUUUUGGUUGUUUUUUUGCUUUAAAAAAAAAGAAAGACAGCUUCUCGGUGUGUUUCUCUUUACCACAAGUCAGUGAAAACCAGAACUUAAGUAUUCAAGUGUAUAAACAAAAUGUAUGAAAUUACAUUAAUUUUAGCAAUUUGUUUCGUAAAAUACUGAACAAGUUUCACAACUGGGCAAUUUUGUCCCCAUUGGCAAGAGGGUAUGUUGUCUUAUCAAAUGAAAACAGAUAAAUCUGCCAGUUUUGGCCCUUUGAACUUAAGAGAUAUGGUUAUGCUCUGGCUCAUGGUCCUACAUAAAACACACCUUUCAUGUCACCCUGACAUUAUGUAAGUUGGAAAGAUGUAUUGUACUGCAAUAGAAUAACAUCACCUUUUCAUAAGCUGAUCAAAAUAUCAAAGUUAAACAGUUCAUGUGCUUAUAAAAUGAUCUGAAACAGAAACUUCUCUAAACGUUGAAAUGUAUUGCAUUUGUUGUGUUUUAAUGGCUGACCUAACAUUUGCCUGGCUUUCUACCUGCAAAGCUCUUCCCGACAAUUUUCCAAUUCAUUUCGAACCUGAGACUAGGCUGAACAUUAUACUAACUACCGGCUCAAAGUACUAAGUGAGUGCCUGUGUGUCUCCUUACGGCCUGACGGGGUGCUCUAUAGCUUUCCCUCUCCAAGUGCACUUUUUCUGAGCAGUUUGGUGAAUCAUUUAAAACCACUGGCCAGCACUUUUAUAUCAGACAGCAGCUUUAUUAACAUUUGCACACACAAAAAGCAUCUGCUAAAGCAUUAUCUAUUUUAUUUCUUGUUAAUUUCUCCUCAAUUUCAGUAGAAAUGUUUCAUACAUUUUAUCUGUGAGCCCUCUGUGCACAGCUAAAAAAAAAAUGAAAUGUUGCUUUCUACUAUUUUCCAAUGCGACACACCUGAUUUUGUGGGUAAUUAAUUAAGUUUGACCUAUUGAACUGCUCACAGACUUCAGGGAGCUUCUCAGCUUAAGCGCUCUUCUCAGAAAUAAAAGAAAUCCAAAACUGUCAAA